AUGUUGUUUCACAAGGUGUUUCUAGCCGCGGCUGCGGUUGCUACAACCUACGCUGGGCCAUGCAAGCCUGUGAGUUCCAAGGCGUCUGUUUCUUCGUCUGCCGACGCCAGCAUUCCCUCUUCAACUGAAACAGUUGAAAUCUCAGAUGCGACUCGUACUGCCACUUCCGAGUCUUCUGGUACAGAGGAAGCCACUUCAUCUGUGACUAUUGGCUCUGAGACCGUCACGUCUGGGGGCUCCACCACGUUGGCUACGCUACUGUCCAACUCUGGAUCUGUUUCUGAAGGUCGCUCCACUUCUGAAACUGGUUCUCGAAGCAGUGAUGUGUUGGUCUCCACCAGUGAGACAGAGACUCUUGGACCUUCUACUGAUACUGCUGUUACUGGUAUCACGACUGGUACUACCGACGUGAAUCCAACGACUCAAUCUACUACCGCGCCUACCACCGAUGAUACCACCGAUGCUACUGCAACUGGUACUACUACGACUGAACUGACGGGGCAGGCCACAACUGACCCUGCCACUCAAUCGUCGACUGAGCCAACCACUGAACCUACCGAUGGGCCUACUACUGGCACGGCUACGACUGAUUCUCCCACGACUCUCCCAACGACCGACGACACAACUGGGUCUGCCACGCAGCCAACAACCGAUACUAUUGAGCCUACCAGUGGUGCCAUCACUGACCCUUCAACAACUCAGCAUAGCACGACCGAGGGUACAACCACUGAGGCUACAACCGCUGCGCCGACUUCUACCUCUGAGUUCUGCUAUGACAAUGCAUAUGUCAUCUCAAUGUUGGCCUUUGACCCAGUUGCCUCUCCCUUCUGUGUCAGUUACCUGUCUAUGACCACGCAUACCAUAACCGAUUACGCAACAACCGAUCCCACAAACGUGUACCAAGUCGAUGUCGCCACCAUCACCGCCGAUGCUCUCACGCGUAUUGAGACUAACUACGAUGGCAUAACUGCAAUCGUGACAGAGUACAAGACGAAUACUGAGUGGUCAGAGGCAACCGUUACUUCAACGCGAUCGAUCGAAACAAUCACAUGCCUUGACACCGCAUACUCCUACACUGCCCCAGUUCCUACUUUCGACCGAGGCGGCCCCUAUCGAGAGAAGCGUGGCCAGGAUGAGAUUGAGAUUCCUGAGGCGAUACCAUCUGACUGGACUGAGGCUCAAACCUCUGAUAUCUGCUCGUGUCUUGAUCUCGAAGAACCUACGGCUCAUACAACAAUCACUGAGACAGUUGAGCCCACGACUUUCAUCACAGCUUCUACAGAUGUUGUUACUCCCAUUGAAGAAUAUACCAAAGUUAUCACUACUACGUCAGUCAGUGUCUUUACUUCAACCGUUACUGAGAAGAAGACCUCGACUGUCACCGCUUGGGUUGUCGAGACUACCUUUGCUGAUAACAACGACAUUGCCUAUCGUCGAUUCAACUGCCCUUUCGACGCCAACAUCUACGACGAUGGUUUCACCACCAAUUACUUCAAAGGCAAAACCCCGCUAUCGUCAGGCAACACGCAGACCCUCCAAUUUAGCACCUGCAGCACUCUCUCCCUCUCCGGCAGUGGAACAUUCGAUCCUUCUCAAGUAGCGCUUCUCUACAACGCAUACUUCUACGCCAAAGAGACAGGAAUGUAUACGUUCUCUGUUCCUGAUACGAUUGAUAACUGGGGUUAUCUUUGGGUCAAGGAUGCAGCGUAUACGUGGAACGUCAACGCCUGGGCUAUCCAGGGGACGCGAACGGGACAGAACUCUCAGUUGUGGAAGGGAGGUUCGUAUCAGAUUCAGUUGAAACAGGGUGAUGCUAUCCCGUUUACGUAUCUUUGGGCGAAUGGAGGUGGUUGCGCUGGAAAUGAUUUGAGUGUGAGGACGCCAAGUGGAGAGUCUAUUCCUGGCAUGGCUGGGUCGACUGUCAAGGCCUGCCAUCUGAACAAGUUCACUUAG